AUGCAAAAUACUGUAGAUAUGGAACAAGAAGCAGAAGUGCAAGUCAGCAUAACAUUUGAUGAGCUGCAAUGUUUUGAUAGCAACGACAUUUCUACGUGCGUGUCAAUAAAAUCUGCAUUGAAAAUUUGCCAGAAAAGUGUCGAGAAUCUGAGUGCUAAAACUGUGGAAGUAUUAAGUUUAUGGUUAAGAAAACUUCUCAGAGGCUAUAUAAAUGAGGCUGAAUGCUGCAUAGAGGCUUUUAAGUCUUUGUAUGAGUGGCUGCUGCGUUUGAAGGGCGAAGUGACACCUGAGAAUAAGGCUGCCUGCUCUGAUUUUAUUAUGCUAUUAACUGAUGCUUUGGAUUUUGCUGAGUGGGCAAAGGUUAAGCUACUGACAACUGGCGAGCGUCUGGUGCAUACAACAGCAUUUUUUCUUCUGGCAAUCGUCUAUAGCUGCCUGCAAAUGAGUAAUGAGAGCCAUGUCGAUGCGCUUAAAGAGCAUGAAUCAAAGGCUAUAGAGCUGCAUUUAAAUGUAUUAAAUAUGCUGCAAGAGAUUACAAACUCUUCCACUCGAGUUCAUGCUCGCAUUACACCACUACUCCGACAGAUGGUCGAGAUUGCAGACUUUCUUAGUCUUAAGUUAACACAUCUGAAUGCGUUUGUAAAAACCAGUAAAACAAUGACGAACAUAUGCACACACUACAACUGCCUCGAGUCCAGCCAGAAUGAAGAUAAAGCCAUGCCUGAUUGGCUGCAGGAGACGGUGCUGCAUCUCUGUGACACAGUGCUCAAUGAACUAGAAACAGUUUAUGAACAGCACUCAACAGGUACUGAAGAACACAUGAAAGUUGCUCAAGUUUAUUUAAUAAUGUUACACAAAUUAUUAAACACUAGAGUUAAGCAUAUGGAUAAAAGUGUUUUGGAAGCCCUUAUGUUGCUUUUAAGUGGAGGUGAAAGUAAACCAAACCUUGAUACAGACUCUGAAAUUGCCUUGCUUAUUGCCAAAUACAUGCAUCCAUAUGUUAUGCAAAUUCAUGAGCUUCUCUAUCAGCUUGAAGAUUUUCAAAAGCAUCUAAUUACUUGUCUAACUGAGCCGGCACAAUCCAAUGAGAAUUAUGAUGAGCUUUGCUUGGAUUAUGUAAAUGUUUGCAUUAUAGAUCAUGCGGAGCUUAAUCAGCUUACUUAUCAGACUUUACUAAAGAUUUUUGAAUAUUUGUGCAGAGAUGCUGGCAAUUUUUGUAAUGCUGCGCGUUAUAAACGUAUUCUGGAAACCUUUGGUAGUCUACUCCAUGUAGCCUGCUCUGCACAACUUUUCAAUUACUUUUGCGCUGGAUUGUUUGAAGAGGAUAUCAUAAGGUCUCAAAUCUGCGCAGAUGUGCUGAUGCUGAGCUAUCGCCUGGAAGAGCUACAACCGGGCUGGAGUAAAAACGCUCUAACAAAAAUUACAAAAUAUUGGAUUAAGUGCAAUAAUUCAUAUGCCAUGUUCUCGCAAAAUCUAAGUCAAUUGCAUGUACAGCGUAUGCUAAAGUAUUUUCAUAAUUUAAACAAAAAUCAUGAUCCACCUGUAUUCAAUUUACAUAACUAUCGUUAUAUAAACUGUGUAUCCACCAAAACAGAGCAAGAACAGCAUCUGUGGCUGUUGCAAUUGCAACGUUUACUUCACAGUCCACCAAACGAUAUUGAACAGUAUUAUGAAAUUUUGGCACUAAUGGAGCUGCUUUCGGUCUCAUCGUCAGAUUGGCUGCUGAAAUUGCCACCUAGCAUCAAGGACCUAUUACUUAAGGGCACCUAUCAACGCUUGAAUAAUACCUACUUUAAGCUGGCCCUUAAAGCUAGCUCAGCUACAAAACUGCGCAUCUUACAAGCUGCAAUGCCGCCAAAAUCUGCUGCCAAUACAUGUUGGCACGUGCAAAGAUUUCUGCAUGAGUGCAGGAGCAGCGAAAACGCGCAGCUUAAGUCUCUAGCAGAACAGUAUGCACCUGACACAGAGGUGCGUGCACUUUUAGAGACCCUACAGCCAACGCUUCCUCUUCCUAAAGUCAACACAUCCAAUCUGCAAAUUAGCUACGCUAAGCUCGCAUAUCAAAGUAACCAAACGCAUCGUUGCAAACAGGCAAGUCUGAAGCGCAAACGUGCCGAGUAUGAGCCAAAGUAUAUUCUGGGACAGCUUGAGCAGAAUGCAGAGCAGUUAAGCGUCUGCUCCGCUGAAUUAGAUGCUACCGACCUACAGCAGACUUUCGCGUGCCGUCGUUUGGCUUCUGCCCAGCACCAAUCAGCCAGAGCCAGUGGCACCGGCAGUGGCAGAGGGAUACAGCCAGAGUCAGCCGGAGUGCGCGUACUCAUACCGAUGGAGACUGGAGACCCAAGAAUCAGAGACCCCAAGCCAGACAGCCCGUCGCAGACGUUCAAGGGGCCGAGCAGCAUGGGGCAGCGGUCGAGGCCGAGAGCGACCAUCAGACACAUCAGCAACAGGGCCAACCGCAGCAACAGCAGCAGCAGCAACAGCAACAACAGCAGCAGCAAUCCUCGCAGCAACAACAACAACGAGGGGAUGGCAUAUCAGGCGACACGCUGUCCUCAUUACCACAAGCAUCGUUCAACUAUAUCAACUCCAUCGUUGGCAGCGGCGUCAUCGGCAUACCCUAUGCUCUGCACCGAGCCGGCUUUGGCCUGGGCCUUGCACUGCUCAUCCUGGUGGCCUACAUAACCGACUAUUCGCUCAUACUGAUGGUUAGAUGCGGUCAUAUCUGCGGUCGAUUCAGUUAUCCGGGCAUCAUGGAGGCUGCCUAUGGCAAAUACGGCUACU